CGGUAGGGGGCGGAGGCUGCGGCAAGAGCAGCAUCAGCAGCAGCGGCGGUGGCGGCCGAGCUGGAGCAGCCGCCUCCCUCUCCGCCGCCGUCCUCUCGCUCUCCCUGCCUCCCGGCCCCAGCGGCCGCCGCCGCAACCGCCACGCUGAGCCCGGAGCUGCAGAACCCGCCGCCGCGCAGCAGGACCAAAGCCGCCGUCACGCUGAAGCGUCACAGGUAGCCUCGUUCAGGACGGACCCUUCUGGCAUUUGACCAUUUUGCAGUGGAAUACCGGAAACGCGCAAAUCUGGGUUUGAAACUAUGAGCUCGGUCGCAGUGUUAACACCCGAGAGCUUUGCUGAGCACCGAAGCGGCCUGAGGGAUGAAGAAACACGAGGUGGUGUCCCAGAGGAUGAGGCCUACAUCCCCACUUACUUGGAAGCUUUCCCCCCACUCCCGGAAAAGGGAGCUCCGGGGGAGAAGUCCAGUGAGUUUACGGGAGUAUGGAACAAGAUCCGGCCGAUCAAAUCCUCUGUCAUCACCCAGGUGUUUCACGUCCCCUUGGAAGAGCGACGCUACAAGGACAACAGCCAGUUUGGAGAAGGCGACGAGGCCAAGGUUUGUGUGGAGAUCAUGCAGAAGACCUGGGCUCACAUUGAGCUCUCCCUGGCCAAGGACCAGGGCUUGUCUAUCAUGGUGACCGGCAAACUGGACUCUGUCAUGAAGGCUCGGAAGGAAAUAGUCGCUCGGCUUCAGACCCAGGCUUCAGCUACUGUCACAAUCCCCAAGGAACACCAUCGCUUUGUGAUUGGCAAGAGUGGCGAGAAACUGCAGGAGCUCGAGCUGAAGACGGCCACCAAGAUCAACAUCCCGCGGACCGACGACCCCAGCAACCAGAUCAAGAUCACAGGCACCAAAGAAGGCAUCGAGAAAGCUCGGCAUGAGAUCCUGCUCAUCUCAGCUGAGCAGGAUAAGCGAGCGGUGGAGCGUUUGUGCCUGGAGAAGGCCUUCCAUCCCUUCAUUGCUGGCGCCUUCAACAAGGUGGUGCAGGAGAUCAUGCAGGAAACAGGGGCUCGCAUUAACAUCCCGCCGCCCAGCGUCAACAAGGAUGAGAUCAUCAUCACGGGCGAGAAGGAGCCCGUGGCCCAGGCACUCCUGUGGAUCCGCAAGAUCUAUGAGGAUAAGAAGCGCAAGACCACCACCAUCUCUGUGGAAGUGAAGAAGUCCCAGCACAAGUACAUCAUCGGCCCCAAAGGCAACACCUUGCAAGAGAUCCUGGAUGCCACUGGAGUCUCUGUGGAGAUGCCUCCCCUCGAAAGCAGCUCGGAAACGAUCAUCCUCCGGGGGGAGCCCGACAAGCUGGGCCCAGCUUUGACUCAGGUCUACGCCAAGGCGAAGAGUGUGAUGGUAGCUGAAGUAACGGCCCCGGCCUGGUUACAUCGUUUUAUAAUCGGAAAGAAAGGGCAGAACAUUGGCAGAAUUACCCAGCAGCUACCUAAGGUUCACAUUGAAUUCACGGAUGGAGACGAGAAGAUCACAUUGGAGGGACCCACCGAAGAGGUGGAAUUGGCUCAGAUGCAGAUACAGGAAAUCAUUCGGGAUCUGCUCGGUCGAAUGGAUUACACCGAAGCGCUCAUAGAUCAGCGAUUCCACCGCCAUCUGAUAGGGAAGAAUGGAGCCAACAUCAACCGCAUCAAGGAACAGCACAAAGUCUCCGUCCGCAUCCCCCCCGACAACGAGAAGAGCAACCUGAUCCGGAUCGAGGGGGACCCCCAGGGGGUGCAGCUGGCCCGCAAGGAGCUGCUGGAGAUGGCCGCUCGCAUGGAAAACGAACGCACAAAAGACUUGAUCAUUGAGCAGCGUUUCCACCGGACCAUCAUUGGGCAGAAAGGCGAGAAGAUCAAGGAGAUCCGUGACAAGUUCCCAGAGGUUAUCAUCAACUUCCCGGACCCUUCCCAGAAGAGCGACAUUGUGCAGCUGCGUGGCCCCAAAAACGAGGUGGAGAAGUGUGCCAAGUAUCUCCAGAAAGUCAUUGCAGAACUGAUUGAGAACAGUUUCUCCAUCCCCGUUCCCAUCUUCAAGCAAUUCCACAAGAACAUUAUUGGGAAAGGAGGCGCCAACAUCAAAAAGAUUCGCGAGGAAACCAAUACCAAGAUUGACCUCCCCACAGAAAACAGCAACUCGGAGGUGAUCCUGAUAACCGGGAAGAAGGCCAACUGCGAAGGCGCUCGGGACCGCAUCCUGGCCAUCCAGAGGGAGCUGGCGAACAUCAAAGAGGUGGACGUCUCUAUCCCGGCCAAGCUGCACAACUCGCUGAUCGGGGCCAAGGGGCGGCUGGUGCGCUCCAUCAUGGAGGAGUGCGGCGGGGUGCACAUCCACUUCCCUUCCGAGGGCUCGGGGAGCGACAAGGUCACCAUCCGAGGGCCUGGCGAGGAGGUGGAGAGGGCCAAGCGCCAGCUGCUGCAGCUCGCCGAGGAGAAGCAAAUCAACAACCACUCGGUAGAGCUGCACGCCAAGCUGGAGUACCACAAGUUCUUGAUUGGGCGCGGCGGGGCCAACAUCCGCAAAGUGAGAGACCGCACCGGCGCCCGCAUCAUCUUCCCCACGCCCGACGACAGAGACCAGGAGCUCAUCACCAUCGUCGGGAAGGAGGAUGCCGUGCAGCAGGCUCAGCACGAGCUGGAGAGCCUGAUCCGGAACCUGGAUAACAUCAUUGAGGAUUCGAUGCUGGUGGAGCCCAAGUACCACCGCCACUUUGUGGCACGCCGGGGCCACGUUCUACGAGAGAUCGCCGAGGAGUAUGGGGGCGUCAUCGUGAGCUUCCCCCGGACUGGUGUCCAGAGUGAUCGUGUUACGCUCAAGGGAGCCAAGGACUGUGUGGAGGCAGCCAAGAAGCGCAUCCUAGAGAUCAUCGGUGACCUGGAGGCUCAGGUGGUGCUGGAAUGCGUCAUCCCGCAGCGCUUCCACCGCGUUGUCAUGGGAGCCAAAGGUCACCGGGUGCAGCAGAUCACUCGAGAACACGACGUGCAGAUCAAGUUCCCAGAGCGAGAUGACAAUCCAGGUUCAGAAGCACAGCCUCAGGAAAACGGUGACAUCAGUCCCGAGCCGGACUCGGCCCCCCGCAAAUGUGACACCAUCUUCAUCUCGGGGCGCAAGGAGAAGUGCGAGUCGGCACGGGUGGCAUUACUGGCUCUGGUCCCCAUCACGGUGGAUGUAGAUGUCCCCUUCGACCUGCACCGCUACAUUAUUGGGCAGAAGGGCGCCGGCAUCCGCAAGAUGAUGGAAGAAUACGAGGUGAACAUCUCCGUGCCCCAACCCGAGCAGCAGUCGGACAUCAUCAAGAUCACGGGCCUGGUCCCCAACGUGGAGCGAGCCCGGGCGGGUCUCUUGGAGAGAGUCAAGGAGCUUCAGGCGGAGCAGGAAGAUCGGGCGUUGCGAGGCUUCAAGCUCACCGUGAGCGUGGAGCCCAAGUACCACCCGAAGAUCAUCGGCAAGAAGGGGGCGGUCAUCUCCCAGAUCCGUAAGGACCACGACGUCACCGUCCAGUUCCCGGACAAAGGGGAUGAGAAUCAGGACCUUAUCACGAUCACCGGCUACGAGAAGAACGCCGAGGGGGCCCGCGACGCCAUCUUGAAAAUCGUGGCAGACCUCGAAGAGAUGGUCAGCGAAGACGUCCGGUUGGAUCACCGGGUCCACGCCCGGAUCAUUGGUGGGCGGGGCAAGGCGAUCCGCAAGCUCAUGGAAGAAUUCCGGGUGGACAUCCGCUUCCCGCAGCCAGGCUCCAGCGACCCCGACAGAGUCACGGUGACGGGGCUGCCUGAGAACGUAGACGAUGCGAUUGACCACCUGCUCAACUUGGAAGAGGAAUACAUGAUGGACGUGGUGGAGACGGAAACCAUGGCCGCGUACAUGAAGCCCCCCUCCCGCUUGGAAGAGGAGCCCCGGGGCCCGGCCAAGGGCUUUGUGGUGCGAGAUGCCCCUUGGAAUGCAUCUGGGAAUAAGGCUCCAGACGUGAGCAGCGCCGAAGAGUUUCCAGUCUUCGGCUCGGGUGUCGUCCCCAAGCAGACCUCUGUCUGGGGCCCCAAGAAGUUCUGAGCUAGGUGGGGAGGGGAACGUGGCACUCUACCCGGCCAGGCGUGGCUCCUGUACCUCCCUCAGGCACUGUGGCGGCUUCCUUGGCACCGCCGGCGCUCUGCCCAGCCUCCUCUCGCUGUCGGGAUAAGCGGCCGACUCCUGCACUCCUCAUUUCUUUUUUUUUCUCUCUCUCUGUGACUCUGUGCAAUCCAUUGACUGAUCAAAAGCCAUAGCCUCCCAUCCCCUGCCUCCUUCCUCCCGUGCCCCCCUCCCUUGAGCCAAAGCAGGCUAAGGUUGUAAGCACACAGAUGGGAAAAAAUAAGCCUCCUACGGCGAGUUCCUCUCUCUCUCCCCCCCCUCCAUGUCAAAUUCAGGGCAUUGAUCUAUCCCAGCUCCAAAAGGAGCUGGCAAGACCCGACCCUCCCCGUGUCCUUCCGGGCGUGGAAUAUCCUGGUGCACGUUCAAAAACCCUCGGUGGAGGAACUGAGCAUUUCCGGGCUCCUGCGCUGAAGAUGGAGAAGCUGGCCGAUGGCUUAGAGUUCCUCCAGACCGGCUUGGCAACUCGAGGGAGGUGGCUGAACGUACGCUCCAAGCGGGCAAGAUCCCUUUCCUUCGCCUCCCUGCUGGCAAUUCCAGUAGGGUUUUUUUUUCCUUUUUUUAUAAGGGGUUAUCAGGAUGGACGGGAGGAGGGUGGGGGUGAAAGCAGGCAGGGUCCACGCGACGGCAUCAAGGACCAAGGGCCUUUGGUUCCCUGGGGCCAGAAUUAAACCUCCUCGCAACUGAGGUGGCACUUUCGAAAACGUCGGCACUCGGCGAGCUUCCCGUCGGCCCUCCGCCGCUCAGUUCAGCCCUAGCACACCUCCCUCCGUAGAGUCUGUUGGCACUCUUUUUUACUUUUUCCAUUUCCUCCCCUCCCUUCCCCGCCCCCUUUUUUUGCUUUUAUUCCCCUCGUGUCUUCCUCAAGUUGCACUUGCUUUGAAACGUUAGGAAAAUAUGCAACGUUGAACAAAAAAGAAACAAGAGACAGAUGCUCUUUACUCCCCCCCCCCUCUGUUUCCAGUCCCCUUCCCCCCCACCCGCAUUCAAUUCCAGAUUUAAAAAACAAACAAACUGUGACUUCUGGAUUUCUGUGUGCGUGUCUACGUGUGUGUGGGUGCGCGCAUGUGUGUGAAGGGGUGUGGGGGGGUGGGAAAGCGAGCACAGCGGCUCUACCUGUUCCCCCGAUCCGAUUCCCUCCCGCUUCCCCGCCCCGCGUUGCCGUGUCCGUAUGACAAGGCAAAAGGAAGGGGGGGGAGCCCUUAGCCGAGUCUGUGACGGCAGGGGUGGGGAGUAAAAAAACAAUUUAAAAAAAAAAAAAAAAAGCGAAGGGACACUCUUGGCCUUAAAGACAAAAGGAGAGGAUUACAAAAAAAAAAUUUAAAAUUUAAAAAAAAUAAAAAUAAAGUUGGAGUAAGGAAAUAUGCAAACUCUGUAGGUCACGCGGUGACUGUGGACUUUUCUAAUUCCAAAUAAAAUGGAGCGGAAAAAACCCC